AUGGAUAACGAUAAUAAAUAUAAUAAUAGUGAAGAUGUUGCAAUUAUUGGUGUUGGAUUUCGUUUACCAGGUAAUUCUAAUACACCUGACCAGUUUUGGGAAAAUUUAAAAAAUAAAUUCAAUGGUAUUGUUGACGCUACAAAAGAAUAUCAAAGAUGGGGCGAAAAUCAUUUUUAUUCAGGAGAAAUAAAAAGUAAAAAUGCUGGAUUGGUAUCAAUUGAUGAAUGGAAAUCAUUUGACCCAUUAUUAUUCAGUAUUGCCCCAAAUGAGUUGGGAAUUACGGAUCCACAACAAAGACUGUUACUCAAAUCAACAUUUGAAGCAUUAGAAGAUGCCGGUCUUGACCCAUUACAAGGAAUGAGAGGUACCAACACUAGUGUGUACAUCGGUGCCACUACUUCAGACUAUAAAAUGUCAUCUUAUACUGAAAAAGAUAAUAGUAUCAAUUCUUUAAAUACUAAUUUACAUACAAUGUCAAAUCGUAUUUCAUACUGUUUCGAUUUUCGUGGUCAAUCUUUAACUUUAGAUACUGCCUGCUCAAGCUCUUCAAAUGCAAUCCAACUUGGUUAUAAAUCCAUUAUCAAUGGAGACUCUGAAUAUUCAAUUGUCGGUGGUUCCAAUUUAAUAUUAGAUACACAAUACACCAAAGCUGUAUCAUAUCUAAACAUGACAGGUGCCGGGGGAUAUUGCAAAUCAUUUGACUCUGUUGCAGAUGGGUUCGUACGUGCAGAAGGCAGUGGUAUACUUGUAUUAAAAAAAUUAUCAAAUGCCAUAAAAGAUGGCAACAAUAUAUACUGCGUUAUCAAAGGUGUUAACUCUAAUGCAGAUGGUACUUUCAACAAAACAACAUUUUUCGCACCAUCAAAAUAUGCACAACAUGCAAAUCUUGAAAAAGUAUUAUUAGACAGUAAAACCAAUCCAAGUGAUAUUGACUACUUUGAGUGUCAUGGCACUGGUACUCCAACAGGUGAUCCAAUAGAAACUGAAGCAAUAUCAAUGUCAUUAAAAGAUCAUCGUUCAAACAACUCUCCAUUAUUAAUUGGUUCAGUAAAAUCCAACAUUGGUCAUUUAGAACCUGCAUCAGGUGUUGCAUCAGUCAUUAAAUGCUGCUUAAUGUUCAAACAUCGUCAAUUUGCACCAAACAUUCACUUUAAUAACCCAAAUCCAAAUAUAAAGUUUAAUGAAUGGAAUAUGAAAGUUGUGACAGACCUAACUCCAUUCCCAAAAAACAAAUUAGUAACAAUCGGUGUAAAUAAUUUCGGCGCAACAGGUUCAAAUGUUUGUAUAAUCUUAAAAGAAUAUAAUCAACAAUCACAACUACAAACGUCUCAAAAAUCAAAAAAUGAAAUAAACUAUUUAAUUCCAUUUUCUGCAAAUUCAAAAACAUCAUUAGAAGACUACAAAUCAAAAAUUUUAAAUAAUAUAUCCAACUAUUCAAACAAAAUUGAAUUUGACGAUUUCAUUAAACAUCAAGUAUUUUGUAAAUCACCAAACUUUUUACAAAGAUCAGUUAUCAGUGCCAAAGAUUGGAAUAGUUUCAAUGAUAACUUUAAAAAUCAAAUCAAAACCUCAAGUAAUAAAUCAUACAAUAUUUUACAUAAACACUCAAAUCCAGAAAUUAUUUUUGUAAUGUGUGGUCAAGGCCCUCAAUAUACCAGCAUGUCACUCAAACUAUAUGAAAACAAUACAAUAUUUAGAAAAUCAAUGGAUAUGAUAAAUGAAAAGUUGAGCAACCAUGCUGGAUUCAAUAUUUUAGAAAAACUAAGAUCAAUCGACCCCACAGAUAAGAAAUCAAUUAACGAUCCAUUAAUUACCCAAACAUCAUUAUUUAUCGUUCAAUUUUCAUUAAUAGAACUAUAUAAACAUUGGGGAAUUAAACCAUCUAUUAUCGUUGGUCACUCUUUUGGUGAGUUAACUUCAACCUAUUGUUCUGGUAUGCUUGACUUAGAUGAUGUAUGUUAUUUGGUUUACCAAAGAGCAAGAUUACAAAGUUUAACAGUAACAAAUAAUCAAGAUAAAUCUUUAAAUUCAAGAAUGCUUGUAAUUAAUAUCAGUGAAGAACAAUUCAAUCAAAAAUAUUCAUCUAGAUAUCCAGAUAUUACAAUAUGUUGUUAUAACUCACCAUCAUCGAUUGUAGUCGGAGGUAAUGAAACCAAACUAAUUGAAAUUUUUAACGAAUCAAAAUCAAACGGUAUAUUCUCAGCAUUCCUUGGUGUACAAACAGCAUUCCAUUCAUCAGCUCAAGAAAGUAUAAAGGAUCUUGUUUAUUCAUUAAAACAAAUUAAAUAUAACAAACCAACAAUUCCAACAUUUUCAACCGUAACAGGUGAACUAUUUGGUGAUAAUGAAAUUGAACCUCCAGUUUCACAUUAUAUCUAUUCAAAUAUUAGAGAACCAGUAAUGUUUAGUAAAGCCAUUGAAAGUAUAUUCAAUCAUAUUGAAACUCAAAAUAAAAACAAUAGAGCAAUAUUUUUAGAGAUUUCACCACAUCCAACUUUAUCAUAUUAUAUCAAACAAAUGAUACCAAAAGAAUCAAGCUAUUUUAAUGAAGAUUCAAUUUCAGUAAUAAACUCAUUAAAUAAAACCAAAUAUGAUACUCAAGAAAUUCAAAACACAAUUUCACAACUAUAUUGCAAAGGCUACAAUGUCAAUUUUAAAUCACAGUUUAUAAAUGAAGAUAUUUAUUUACCAUCAGUAAUAUCAAAUACAUCUAUCCUACCAAGAUAUCAAUGGGAUAAUAAUCAAUAUUGGUCAGAAAGUGAUAGAUCUAUAAAAGCCAGGACUGAAGGACCAUCAAUUGAUCAAAAAGGAUUCUCCAUCAACUCACAUCAAACUAUCUACGAAUCAUUUAUAGAUAUCAAUAGACCACCAUUUGAAUAUUUAAAAGGACACGUUGUAAAAGAUAAAUAUUAUUUCCCAGGUUGCGGAUAUAUUGAUAACCUUAUAUCAAUUUUCAACUCUAAAGAUUUUAUUAUACCAUAUUUAGAAUUCAAGACACCUUUAAUCUUAAAAGAAAAAGAAGUCAAACAUUUACAAACAUCAAUAACAAAAACCUCAAGAAACGAAUACAAAGUUAGCUUUAGCUUCAAAGACAACAAUGAAUGGGUAGAAACAUCUCUUGGUAAAAUUCAUGUUUUCAAUUUUGAAACACCAAUUGAAAAACUUAAUUUUGAGAAAUUAAAAUUAAAAUGUGGCAACACAAAACUUUCAAAAGAUGAACUAUACACACACAUCAAAUCUAAAACCGGAUUAUCAUACUUAAAUCAUUUCAAGAGAGUUGAAGAAUGUUAUCAAGGUGAUGGAUGCACAUUUUCAAAGAUAUCAUUAAAUCCAUCAAUUACAAGUUUUAAAAAGUCAUUCCUCGAUCCAUCAAUUAUUGAUACAACACUUCAUGGUUUCCUAUCAUAUAUCGAAGAUCCAUGUCAAAUUGUAUUUGAUAGAGUCGAAGACUAUAAAGUCUAUUCCACAAAUAUUCCAAGUGAUAUUUCAAAUCAUACACAUAUCUAUUGUUAUUCAGAGUAUUUAGGUAAAUUUGGAGAAUCUUUAACUUCGUCACUCAAAAUAAUGUUAAAUGAUGGUACUGUUAUCAUUGAAGCAGAUAAAGUUGUAUGUACAUCAUUAAUACCAAUUAGAGAUCCAUUGCAAAUCCAAAAUCCAAAUAAUGAACUAUUUUCAAUGUAUUGGCAAGAACGUGAUUCAUUAGUACAAAAAUCAACACUCAAUAACUUAUCAUUCAAUAAUCCAGAUUAUGACAACAAUAUUCUAACAAUCAUUGAAAAUUCAAUUAUACCAAUUAAAAAUGAAAAAGCAAUAUUCAGAAUACUUCAAAUAUCAAAUAACUAUGAACUAUCAACAGAUAUCAUCAACUUGAUUAACACAACACUAUCAAAUAAUUCAGAAAUUGAUAUAGAGUUUUCAAUCGGUUUAGAAUCGAACCAAGAGAUUAAAGAUAUCAAAUCACAACUACCAUCAUUUAAUGGAAGUUUAUUAUUAAAAGAAAUUAAUUUAUAUCAAGCAUUAAUUGAAAAACAACAAUUAAAAUUCAACUACUAUGAUAUUAUAAUUUUACCAAAACAAUUACAAACAACAUCAAAACUAAUCAAAGACACUGAAAUAUUCAACAUUUUAAACCCAAAAGGAUAUUUAAUUCAUAACAGUAGUCAAAGUGACGAAGAAUUAAAUGAAAUUGGUUUUGAGUUUAAUAACUUUAUCAAUCCAAUUACAAUUUCACAAAAACCAUCAGUUUUAUCAAAUAAUAACUCAAUUCCAAUAUAUGAUAAUAUUUUUAUUUUUGGUGAAAGUGGUUCAUCUGAAUCAAAUAAGUUUAUUAACAUUCUUCAAAAAUCAUAUAAUAAUAACGUUUUAGUUAUUUCAAAUAUAGAUGAAUUUAAUUUACACUCGUCAGAAAUAACAGAUAACUCAUUAAUUUAUUUUAUUACAACCAUUAAUCAAAUUAAAAAUCAAAAUGAUAUUGCCAGAGUUACAUUGGACUAUGUUAAUAUUAAUCAACAUCUAUUAAAAAAUAAACUAUCAACAAAACACAUAAUAGUUUCUACAUAUUGUCAAAAAGAAGCACUCAACUAUACAUGUUCAGCUGUAAUAGGUGCAAGACGUUAUUUCGAAGAAUUUAUUGAUCUCAGACUAUUUUCAAUUGACUUUGAUAAUGAAUCAUUACUUUCAAACAAUGUAAUCGAAAAUAUUGAAUGUUUAACAAGCACAUAUCAACAUUCUGAAUAUUUAAUUAGAAAAAACAUUCCAUAUUUUGAAAGAAUUAAAAAAGAAUCAAAUUUAAAAACUAAAUUUAAAUCAACAUCGUAUAAAGAAAACAAUGGAUUAUUAGCAAAACUUGAUCCAAAUCUUCAAUACAAAUUAGCCCCAAAAAAAGUGCUAAACCCGGACUAUGUAGAGGUUAAAACUGAAGCAAUUGGUAUCAACUUCAAAGAUAACUUAAUUUAUCGUGGUUUAGUUCCAGCAGAACUUAUUAAUUCAAAAGGAGAUAUUGGUGAUCCAGAAUUUGGUUUCGAAUUUUCAGGUAUUAUUACAAGAAUUGGUGAUAAUGUUACAGAAUAUAAAAUUGGUGAUCAAGUAUUCGGCCUUUCAACAUCUGCAGCCUCUACUCAUAUUUAUCUUCACAAAAAUAAUAUUUUCAUCAAACCAAACAAUAUUAGUUUUGUUGAAGCUUCAAUCAUACCUAUUGUUUACAUGACCUCUCUUUACUGCCUUUUUAAUAUUGGUAAUUUAAAUAUUGAAGAAAAAGAAAGUGUUUUAAUACAUACUGGUACAGGUGGUGUCGGUUUAUCUGCACUCAAUAUUUUAAAAUGGAAAGGAUUUAAAUCACACUUGUUUGUUACUGUUGGUUCAAAAGAAAAAGAAGAUUAUCUAAGAGAACAUUAUGGAUCAUUAAUUACAGGUAUUUACUCCACAAGAAAUAUUAACUAUGUAAAAGAAAUCAAACAAAAACUAAAACAACUUGGCUCUCAAAAAGAUGGUGUAGAUUUAAUUUUAAACACAUUUUCAAAUGAAUUUAUGGAUGCAAACUUUAAAUGUUUAUGUAAAGGAGGUAGAAUUGUAGAUGUUUCAACAACACAUUUAAAUCCACACGAAUACACCGAUUUUAACAAAUUCAAAUACAAUAUUGGUUAUCAUGCUGUGGAGUUAUUAAAAUUACCUAAUGAAAUAUAUAAAAUGCUUUUAAAGAAAUUAUAUGAUGGUUUUUCAACCCAAGGUUUAGAACUUAUACCAAUUAAUGUAUUUUCAGCUAAUAAUAUCAAAGAAGCAAUCGAAUUUAUGAACGAGAGAAAACUUAUUGGUAAAAUCUCAGUUAAAAUGGAUAGUGAUGUUUUAACUCCACUUUUAGAAAAUUAUACUCAAGACUACAACUUUUUAAAACCAGAUUAUAAAAUUAACCAUGAAAGUUUAGGUAAAACUGUUUUAGUUACUGGUCAAACAGGUCUUAUCUUAGAAAUAUUAAAAUGGAUUUCAAAAUGCUCAACAUCUGUCGAAACCAUAAUUAUUUUAUCAAAAUCAAAGAAAAGAUGGGAAAUUGAAAAACUCAUUAAUGGUUCAAAGAAUAAUAUCAAAUAUAUAUUUAAGAGUUGUGAUAUUGGCGAAUAUGAAUCAAUCAGUCAAUCAAUAAAAGAAAUUUAUUUAGAAAAUAAAGAUAUUGGUCAAGUGGAAUCUAUUUUCCAUUUCGCUUUUCAAUAUGUUAACCACGAACCAUUAGAAGUCGGUAAAAAUGAUUUAUAUGCAUCAUUAAGCGCAAAAUCGUUUGGAGCAAUGAAUCUACACAACUUAUCAUUAGAGAAACAAUGGGAAUUAAAACAAUUUAUAUUAGCUUCUUCAGUUACUGCAAUUUUUGGAUCACCAAUUCAAGUUGGAUAUACAAGUUCAAAUUACUUUUUAGAUGCACUUGCAAGACACAGAAGAUCAUUAGGUUUACCAGCAAUUUCAACAUUUUGGGGCCUUUUCGAAACUGCAGGUUUCAUUUCUAAACAACGUUCAAUUGCAAGAUUUAUCGAAAACAUGGGUUUUACACCAAUUACUGUAAAUCUAUUAUUAGGAUCUCUAGAUCUUUUUAUUCAAAAUCAAGAAAUCUCCAACAGUCUUUCUAUAAACAUUUUCAAUGACUCUAUCGAUAGUUACGCAAACAAACCAGCCAACAGCAAAAUUGAUUUUAUUUCUAAUGCAAUUCAAUCUAAAAACAAACAACUAUCUGGUGAAGACUCAGGAGCAACUCAAAAAGUAAUUGAUAAAAUUUCAGAACUCUUGACUAUUGAAGCAUCAAAAAUCAAUCAUGAUUGCCGUUUAAUUGAUCUUGGAUCAGACUCUAUGGUUAUAAUUUCACUUAAAAACUUUAUAGAUUCAAACUACACUCAAAACCUAUUUACAAUUUCACAAUUGCAAACCCUAACAAUUAAUAGGAUAAUCCAAAAUAUUUCGAAAUCUGUAAAUGGCAAUAAUGAUAAUCAUAAAAAUAAAAAAACCAAUAAUGUAAAACCAAAUAAUCAAAAGAUAAUUAGCAACAAUAACAAUAAAGAGUUUUGGGAAAAAGAAAUCAAAUUAAACAACACAGUCAAAAAUUUGGCAAAUACUUCAAUAGAUUUUAACAAACUUUUAGCAAAUGACUUAAAUGUCCUUUUAACUGGUACAUCAGGUUAUUUAGGUGUUUAUUUGUUAUCGAAUUUAUUAAAAAGAUCAAAUUGCUCAAAAAUCUAUUGUUUAGUUAGAAAUAAAAAAUCAAAUAAUGAAGCAUUAGAAACAAUUAUAAACAACUUAAAAUAUCAUAGAUUAUACGAACAAAUAACAGAAAAUGAAUUUAAAAAGAUUGAAAUUGUUUUAGGUGAUAUUUCCAUUCAGAAAUUUGGCCUUCAAGAUGAACAAUAUAAUAAUAUAGCUUCAAAUAUUAACUUAAUAAUAAAUUGCGGUGCCUAUACCAAUUUAAUAUCUCCAUAUUCAGAAUGUAAACCAAUUAACGUUGCAUCAACAUAUGAAAUGCUUAAAUUUGCAAACCACAAUGAAAAACUAAUUAAACCAAUUGUUCACAUUUCAUCAUUUUCAAUAUUCACAAAUAUUCAAAGAGAAGAAUUUGAAGACUCAUUCAUACCAUCAGUCGACCAAAUUGAACAAAGUGAAAACGGUUAUGGUCAAUCUAAAAUCGUUUCAGAAUAUUUAGUCAGAGAAGCUUCAAACAGAGGAAUACCAUCAAUUGUAUUAAGAUUACCAUUUAUAUUUGCAAAUCCAUACACUGGUAUCGGAAAUAAAAAUGACUUUGUACAACUAUUUAUUCAACAAUGCUACAAAUUUAAAAUAUAUCCAGAUCAAUUUAAAAAUCUUACUAAUUUAGCACCAAUUACUUGGAUAUCAGAUAAUGUAUGCAAAAUGAUAUUAAAUACAAACUGUUGGGAAAACAACUCAUCCAAAUCGUACAACUUAAUCAGUGACACAUUUAAAAUCAGCGAUGUAUUAGAACAACUUUCAAAAGAAUAUAAUAUACAAAAACUAGACUACAUCGAUUGGAGAUCAAUAUUAAUUGAAUCAAAGAAUGAAUCAUGUAAUAAAAUAUUAAUUUUAGACCCACACAAAUCCCUUUUCACCCCAAAUCUAAAAGCAACCAGUUCAACAAUCAAAUUAUUAGAAUCAAUGAAUUCAAAAUACAAUGAUUCAUUUGUUACAAUCAGUAUGAUAAAAAAACAUAUUGACUUUCAUUUCAAAUAA